ACCUUCCAUGUUGUUUGUGUUAUUUCACGUUGUUUACAUUUUUAGUAUUUUUCGGUGCUGAAUUGUUGUUCACUUCGACUUUUGUUUGACUUGACACUAAGAACAUUGAAAAAUGCCGAAAGUCGUAUCGAGGAGCAUUGCUUGCUCCGAUACAAAAGACAAGGAGGAAUACAGCGAGGAAAAACCUCUUCAUAUUUACUACUGCCACUGUGGACAAAUGACACUCAUAUUAGAUUGUCCGGUAGAGAAACUUCCUCUCCGACGUCGAGACGGUGCAAGAGUCUUAGAUGGGCACAAACAUGCACAUAAAAUACUCUGUGACCCAGAUGAAAUUAUAUAUCUCAAGAGGCCAGAAGGAAUUGAAAAACAGCAUAGAAUGAAGUGCAAAAAGUGUAAAUUAAGUCUCUACUAUAAGCAUGACCUUACAAGCAGUGUAUCAUUUGUGCUGAAAGGUGCUGUCAAGAGUUCAGGAGAACAGCCCAAGAUGGACAUUUAUAACCAGGUUACUGCAGAACGGCCUAAAAAAAUAAUGGUCACAAAACAUACGAAAAAUAUGGGAAAAUUUAGUUCAGUCACAGUGUCUACUAUUGACGAAGAAGAAGACGAAAUUGAAGCUAGGGAAGUUGCUGAUUCUUAUGCUAAUAAUGCACGGAUCAUUGAGAAACAGUUAGAACGAAAAGGCAUGAAUAAGAGGAAAUUAGUGGUUCAAAAGACUCAAGCUGAACUUGAUGCUAAGAAGAGUAGAGUAAGAGGGACGUUAAUAGAUAAAUAAAUCUUUAUAUUUAUUGAAUUAUGUAAAUACAACAAUUUUUAGUAAUACGUG